AUGCUGUUCUGGAGGGAGGCCGGCCACCAGCUCCGACAGGCGGGUUCGAGAGCGGUGGCUGCUGAACGAUUGACCCUGCGCAACUCGAGGCGAAAUUUCAGCCACGUCUCGCAGCAGGGAGAAGCUGUCGUUGCGUCCUCCCGGUUAUAUUCCGUCACCGCCAGGAGGGGAUUGCUGCGUCCAGAGCAAGUCCAGAGCUUUGCGCGGUCACGACGGCGGUUCUCCGCCACCGCCGGCGUUGCACACGGCCAUAUUACGCCGCCGAAGCCCGGAGAGGAGAUCAAUGUGUCCUUUAUCGACAAGGAGGGCCAGAAACACGAUUUCCAGGUGUCUGAGGGCGACAACCUGCUGGACAUUGCGCAGGCCAACGAUCUAGAGAUGGAAGGUGCCUGCGGAGGCUCUUGCGCCUGCUCCACCUGCCAUGUCAUUGUCGAAGACCCCGAGUACUAUGACCGGAUGCCGGAGCCAGACGACGACGAGAACGACAUGCUCGACCUUGCCUUUGGCUUGACAGAAACUUCGCGGCUAGGAUGCCAGGUGAAGAUGACCAAAGACUUGGACGGGUUGGUGGUCCGGCUGCCUGCGAUGACGAGAAAUAUGCAGGCCAGCGAUUUUGUGGAAAGGAAGAAGUAA